AUGUGUUCAUUGAGGCUUGGGAAAAACUGGGCAACGAUAAAUGUAGCUAUCCAGCUUGAUGCGAGAGCCCAACUCUGCGUUGCUCCAACUGCUUCUGGCCCUACUAGCUCUGAGGCUAGAAUGAAUGGAACGGGGCCAAGGCCAACAGCGAAACUUGUCACAAACAAGAGCGUUGCCACAGCCGAGAGGACUUUGAAAUUGGAUGCUAUCCCUAUAGCAAGUAACAUAGACAUGCUGCCCAUACCUGAUAUACUAAGCAAGAUACAUGUUUUCCGGCCGAGUUUGUCGGAUAAUGGUGCGCAGAUGACUGUCAUGAUUAGGUUUAGACAGGAUACUAGGACCGUUAGGAGAGCUGCGGUCGUCGGUAGAAUAGUAGAUAGGAGCGAGACGCUAUACAUGACGAUACUGUUGAUGCCGGUGAACUGUUGCGUAAGCAUUAUUGCGAUGACGGAUAUUAUGGCGGGUCUGUAUAUUGGGUCCAUCAACGCUCCAAACAUAGUCACGGCUUCUUUGGAACGGGAGGCAGUUCUUGACGAUGGGUUUGCCAGAAGGGAUUCUUCUUCCUCCGUUUCGACGGCUAUGGGACCUCUUGGGCCGGAAGGUGUGGAGGUAUGCCAGGUUCUUAUUUCUUCACUGAUAUCUGCUGUAGGGCCUCUUAUUCUUUGCAGAAUCUUUUUGGCUUGGACUAUGUUCUGGUUAUCUGCGAGCCAGACAGGACUUUCGACAACAAAUGCCAGCCCAAAGAGCUGA